UUUGCAUUGUUGCCCCGCCCUUUGAAAUGGCGUCUGCAAAGUCUACAUUUCUUUUGUGUCUCCUUUUAUUUCUUCUUCUAGUAUCUACCGCCACUGCCACGUAUUGUACUUCUCUUCCAGAGACACAAGAAGUGUGUAGUCGUUCACUAUUACCAGGACAAUAUUAUUGUUCUCCUCCUAGUAUUGAUACGGAUACUCAGUCUGUCUCUGGUUGUAGGCCCAAUGGCACGGUCCUAUUGCCUUGUUAUGCUGCUCCUAAUGUAACUUGUACUGGUGCUAAUGUGUCUAGUGUCAAUGAUUUUGAUGAAGUCGUGUUUUGUAAAGAAGAAACAUGUAGAUAUGUUAAUGGUAGGAGAUACAAUUAUUUUGUUGCCGUUGGUCUCUCGUUGUUUCUUGGCAUGUUUGGUAUCGACAGGUUUUAUUUGGGCUACCCUGCUAUAGGUUUAUUGAAGUUAUGUACAGUCGGUUUCUUCUUUAUUGGUCAGUUAGUUGAUUUCUUACUGAUAGCAGUUCAGGCGGUUGGCCCAGCUGACCAGUCAGAAUAUUACGGAGCAUUUUAUGGUCCUUUAUUGAUGCAGGCUAAUACGACUGAUCCUUAUCUUGAAAUAUCAGACUCUCCUUGCGUAUAAAUAUAUUUUUAUCAGUAACCUCUUUUCUUUUCUCUUUAUUACAUGUUGUGAUCAUUUUUGUGCAUUAUUAAUAAUUGUGUAUGCACUACUAUACAGUGAUAAUAUUUAACCCUUUCAUUUUUAA